CAAGGGAUCCUGGGACUUUUAGUUCUCAGUGAGCAACGGCUGGCUAGAUAACACUCCGAAGAGCAAAAAAAGACCUACGAAUAGUUCGUCUGCUUUAAAUUUAGCGUGAGUACGAGAUCCACAAGCUUUGAAUUUGAACAGCUUUUGGUGGAUUUGUACAGAAGAGCAGCUUACUUUGGGUCAAAAUAAACAGGAAGUUAUUAGCUUUGUGGGACGUGUAGUUCCGUUUGUAGGCCGCCAAGCUUAUUAACAGCGCAUACAAAAAAAAAGAAAUAGCUACAAAAUAACCAAAAACAAAGGUUGUGCUUCUUAACCUUUUGAGAGAACAUGCCCGGGUUCACCUGCUGUGUUCCCGGUUGCUACAACAACUCGCACCGGGACAAGGACCUGCGCUUUUAUACGUUCCCCAAGGACCCCGCUUUGAGGGAGCAGUGGCUGCGGAACAUCUCCCGGGCCGGGGUCAGCGGCUGCUUCAGCACCUUCCAGCCCACCACAGGCCACCGUGUCUGCAGCGUGCACUUCGCCGGUGGAAGGAAGACGUACAUCGUCCGGGUGCCGUCUCUCUUCCCCCUGCGGGGCGUCAAUGAGCGCAGGAGUCGGCGGGGCAGGGGGAGGAAGUUGACCAACUCGGCCCCUGCCCCCGGGAUCGUCGCUACCAGCGUGCUGGGGAACACGGCGGGCAUCGUCGAGGGCACCAUCGGAGGAGAGGUCGGCGACGACAGCAUCACCGUGGUUCAGAUAGGCAACAACGGAGAGUACUUGGGCACGGCGCGGCUUCCCGCCCAGGCAGAGGGACCCUGUAACUGCACCCCGCAGAGUCUGGUGGAGCUUAAAGUUGAAGACUUAACCGCGGAGUCCGGGGCCAACCAGCAGCAGCUGUCCGUCCAGUACCUGAGUGUGACCAGCAGCCCGCUGGACCACUCGUACUCCCUGACCACGGGCACCACGUCCGCGGAGCUGCUGCGGAAGCUGAACGAGCAGCGGGACAUCAUCGCGCUGAUGGAGGUGAAGAUGAAGGAGAUGAAGGCGACCAUCCGCCAGCUGCGGGUGGCUGAGGCCAAGCUGCAGGAGGAGGUGCGGGAGCGGGACCGGCUGCUGAACAGCAGCCCGAUGUCUGGGAACGCCCGCAAGAAAAACUGAUGAGGAGGCGACUUAAGUUACCCGAACCGACCCUUUACAUGGACCCAGAUUCACCAGGAGGAGUGUGAAGAAUAAUCCUGCCCAGUUUUGUAUUAAACUAAAAUAGACUGCCUGGUUUAGGUAGCAGGUUGAUUCAUCUUACUGCUAAUCACGUAGGAACUGGACACAUUUUACGCCCCCCCAAGAUUCGCAAGUCAAGCAUAUUUCUAAGCGAAAGGAGCAGAAGUUGAACUCUGAACUUUCUGGUCGUACAGGGGUUUUUUCUAUUGACUGUUUUGACUUUAUGUCCAAACCUUUCAGCUUAUAGUAGGAGGCUGACCCAAGCAGCAGCUUGUGCUUUUAACAUGAAGGGCACCAAGAUGAAGAAAACACUACUGACAAGCAUUUUCAUCAUUUAAGUGAACUCGGCCCUCAUCACAGAUGCCUUCCAAUGUACUUUAACUUAAUUUACCAUUGUUGCUUUUGAAAAUAUUUGUGCAAGGGAAGACUAGGUUUAGGAAACUCCUUAAUAUAGCAGGCAUCCCACAACAUCGGAAAUGUUAAUAAAGGAAGUUUCAACAUGUUUAAAUGUGCUUUUUUUUUUUUUUUGCCUUUUCCUGGAGGAAAACAUUUACUGAAGAUACGGUUUGCAGCUUCUACAUGUAAUCUGUCUCGAGCUAGUUUUGUGUUUGUUUCUUUUGUUAUGCCAGUUCAUUGUAACGUGUUGGACUGAGUGCUUUUUUUAAUUGUGUUGUCUUUAGGGCUUUAUGGACAAUACAUUUUACACAUUUCUUAGUUUUGAACUCGGUCUGACAGAUGUGCUCCAAUCUCAGUUUCAAAUCAAUGUCACUGUGAAAGUUUUAUGCUGACUCACAUUAGACUUCUCAAUGUCAAUGUCAAAUUUACUCAUAUAGCACUUUAAAAACAGGUCUAAAUCUGCACUAAAGUGCUGUA